AUGGUACCUCAGCAGAUGGGCUCCCCGGAUGAAGGGUUCCAACGUCGACGGUCAGCCCCAGGUUUUGGCAACAAAUCACAUCGUGGGAGUAGGGGUGGCUACGGUUACCGUUCGAAGAAGAGCGGUCAAAGUCAUGCAUCUUUUCACUCUAUGAACGCUCAAUUUCCCCCAGAUCAACCACCACCAGCAUGUUAUACUUGUGGAUCUUUCGAUCAUAUGGCCCAACAUUGUCCAGAGUACCAGCAUGAGACAUCACCCGGUUUCCAUAAGCAUCCACGUCCGUCAAAGCGCCAGAAAACAUCUGAUGGGGCAAGACAUCAAUACCGUGACGAAUUCCCUCCUAGCCAGCGAGGACCACCUCAGCGUUCAUUUUCUCACCCAUCACAUUCUUACGGUUACCAUCAAUCUGGAUAUGAUCAUCCAGCGCCAGCUUCCCCAGACCAGGAAGAAUGGCAUCACAGGCCUCCAUAUGGGUACCCUCCAUAUGAUCCUCAUGGUCCUCCCCCACCAAUGAAUGGUUACGAGUAUGAUUCUCCUGGCCCUAUGCCACCAUACCACUACAACGACUCUCCCCCUCCAGGCUAUCACUCCCGUCGCCCCAGCCGUCGCCGAGAAAGUGAUUAUCCGGAAUACCCAGCGGAUGGCCCACCACCAGCUUCAUGGGAUGGACCGUCCCGCCAAUCAUGGCGUGGAAAGGGCCGUAAAGGUAGGGACGGCCCUCCGUCACGUCGGCCUGAUAACCAUGUCGAAGGAUUCUAUGAUUUGGAUACCCCAGAAAAUAGAGCUGCAAACGGCCAGAUUGUCUGGAGGCCGCCUCAUCCCGUUGGUCGGCCAUUACCUUCGAUAUUCAGUGAUCUUGAUGACGUUUGCAAAUUACCCCCCUAUGCUUCCCUACCUCCGGGAAUGUCAAUUUCCAAAUACUUUUUAAAUAAACCAGCCGAGGAGUUUAAUGAAAAUAUCCGGAAUACGGAGGACUGGCCCUUUAUGAUGGGUGAUCCGAUUUUCUCUGAAUUCCCCUCUGAUGGAGAAUUGGUUCCUAUCAAGGAACUCAUCUCUCGUCAGAGGGAGAUGAUGGCAGAACAUAAACUUGUUCCUCGCAAGCCUGUUGUGGAAGAGAUCACAGAAGACGUUGCAGAAGAAGUUGCAGAAGAAGUUCCGGAAGAAGUUGCAGAAGAGGUAGAAGAAUUUGCAGACGAGGCAGAAGAAGUUGCAGAAGAGGUUGCAGAAGAGGUUGCAGAAGAGGUUGCAGAAGAGGUUGCAGAAGAGGUUUCGGAAGAGACUGCGGAAGAGACUGUUUCUCACAAACCUGUUGUAGAAGAGACAGCUUAUGAAAGUGAGCAGGGUGAGUCCUCCGAGCUAUCUGACGAUGAACCCCAGCGUCAGGUAGAUGAUGUGGCUCCGAGGCUCAAGCGUCGUCAUCCCCGCGUCGCGGAAGCUUACAGGUACGACUUGAAUCAAUAUACCCCGAGGCUCUUUUUCAAAGUAACCCUUACUGAUUAUAUCCUAGUCGGCGCUGGUAAGCCGCUUAUCCGCUCUCUGGCCUUAUUCCCUGCUCUCUCUAUUGUUAUCAUUACUUUCGAUUCUCUAAUAACCCAUACCCACGGUCUCUUCCGAUUUGGUUCCUCAAAAUUCCUAUGGCCCAUGGCCUCUCACAUGAUAUCAAGUUUCUCAAACCCGGUGGGGGUCCAGAUCGGUACCCCAAAACCUAUUCGGAUUUAA